UUCUGAGAGAUGAUUUCCGCCAGACCCCCAGUGACGUGGUGGUGGCUGCAGGCGAGCCUGCAGUGAUGGAGUGUGUUCCUCCCAGAGGACACCCUGAACCCACCAUCUCCUGGAAGAGGAACAACGUCCGCGUCAACGACCGCGACGACAGGAUUACCGACAGCCUGACUGAUCGUGGGGGGAAGUUGAUGAUCUCCAACACCAGGAAGUCUGAUGCUGGCAUGUACGUGUGCGUGGGCACCAACAGUGGGGAGAAGGACAGCGACCCUGCCGAGCUGGUGGUGUUUGAGAGGCCAGUGUUCACCAGGCGUCCUAUCAACCAGGUGGUGAUGGCGGAGGAGACGGUGGACUUCCUGUGUGAGGCUCACGGUGACCCCGCCCCCACGCUGCGCUGGAGGAGAGAGGAGGGGGAGUUACCCCGUGGCAGGUCAGAGGUCAGCGAGGGCAGGCUGCGUCUCAGCCAGGUGACUGCGGAGGAUGAGGGCACCUACACCUGCGUGUCUGAGAACAGCGUGGGCAAGACUGAAGCCUCAGGGACACUGCAGGUCCAUGUGCCUCCCCUGAUCGUGGUCCGUCCUCGUGACCAGAUCACAGCCCAGGGUCGGACAGUAACCUUCCUCUGCAGCAUGAAGGGAAACCCUCCGCCGGCCGUGUUCUGGCAGAGGGAAGGCAGCCAGGUCCUGCUGUUCCCCAUCCAGGAAUCAGCCCAGCCCGGCCGGUUCUCCGUGUCCCUGAGCGGGGAGCUGACCAUCAGGGACGUUCGCAGCGAGGACGCCGGCUACUACAUCUGCCAGGCCAUCAGCGUGGCAGGCAGUAUCGUCACCAAGGCCCUGCUGGAGGUGGAGAGCGCACCCUCAGAUCGCGUCCCGCCCAUCAUCCGACAAGGGCCGGCCAAUCAAACUCUGGCUCCGGGAUCCACCGGCCAAUUGCAUUGCCACGUGAUGGGCAACCCCCUACCCAGCGUCCAAUGGGAGAAGGACGGGCAAAGGAUCCUGGGAGAUGACGAACGUAUCAGCCUGAUGGAGAAUGGAACCUUCCAGAUCACCAACCUCCAGGAAACAGACUCGGGGCUGUACACCUGCCUGGCCUCCAGUUCCAGCGGAGAGUCCAGCUGGAGCGGCUCGCUCACCGUCAGAGAGAGUACAGGCGCUUCGGUCGCCCCGGCCAGCGAGCCGUUCCAGCUGCCGGGCCCGCCCCAUAAGCCGGUGGUCACGGACGUGAGUAAGAACAGUGUGACGCUCACCUGGCAGCCCAACGCUCACGAGGGCGGAGCCGCUGUGACGUCGUACAUCAUCGAGGCCUUCAGCCAAUCGGCAGGCAGCACGUGGCAGACGGUGGGGGAGCAGGUCAGGCAGGAGAAACACACCGUCAGCGGUCUGUUCCCCAACACGGUGUACCUGUUCAUCGUCAGGGCGGUCAACGCGUACGGGCUAAGCGACCCCAGCCCCAUCUCCGAGCCCGUCCGCACACAAGAUGUGAGCCCCACGGGGCAAGGUGUGGACCCCCGGCAGGUGCAGAGGGACCUGGGGGAGGUGGCCGUGCAGCUGCUGGAGCCGAUGAUGCUGACGCCUGCUAGCGUGCACGUGACCUGGACGGUGGACCGCCCGUCUCAGUACCUGCAGGGGUACCGGCUGCUCUACCGGGCGGGGGGCGGAGCCUGGCAGCUCCAGGAUGUCAAGUCUCCGUCGGAGCGCAGUGCCGUCAUCUCAGACCUGCUGAGGGGGACCGAGUACCACAUCAAGAUACGGCCGUACUUCGACGAGUUCCAGGGCAAGGACAGCAGACUGCUGCUGGUCCACACCCCGGAGGAAGUCCCCAGCGCCCCUCCCAGAGCCGUCACCGUGGCAACCGUCAAGAUCAGCAACGUGUCCAGCAUCAGCGUGUCGUGGGAACCUCCGCUGACGACCUCGCAGGAGGGAGCCGUCCUGGAGUACAGG